AUGAGGUAUGAUUGCGCUUUGGAAAAUAACGUCGCCGAUUAUUUGAGUUCAUGCCCGUCAACCAAAUCAGCUGAAUCCACGCGACCUAAUGUUGGCGAAAAUUUUAUCCGCAUCCCUGAAGAGGCUACAUAUUUGAGUGCAACUCAGAAGGCAGUAACUUCAUGGUGGAAAGUGAUACGUUCUGAAGAAGGUCCCGGUUUGCAAGUAUAUUUCAGGCAAAAGCACGUGGGUACUCCAAUUGAAUCUUUCACACAGAUGGGAUGGUCUACAUCUCGCAAGCUUGGUUGUGCCGUUGCAAAAUGCAGCGGAGAGCAUGUCGCAGCUUGUCGAUACUCGCCCAGAGGUAAUUAUGUGGAGCAAGUCAUCUACAAAAAAGGAACUCCUUGCACGGCUUGUGCAGCUGGUUCCUGGUGCACGGAUGAUGCACUCUGCACUCUACCAUAA